ACAAAGUAAAAACAAGAUCAAAUUAAUUUCAUCCGCUUCCCCUGUUCCUUCCCUUCUCUCUCUUCUUCCGACUCCCACCCUCCUCCCUCCUUUCUCUAUCUCUAACAAUGGCCCUCCAAGCCGCCGUUCAUGUCUCCGACGUCCCUAAUCUUUAUCAAGUUCUUGAGGCCGCAUCUUUCCCUAUCUUCACAUCCCGAUUUCCCUCUGGAUUGGAAUCGACGGGGAAGAACGAGGUUUCUAAAUUUCUAGUAAUUGGGCAUAGAGGAAACGGUAUGAACAUGAUACAAUCAUCAGAUAGGAGAAUGAAGGCCAUUAAAGAGAAUUCCAUCCUUUCUUUCAACGCCGCCGCCGAAUUCCCCGUUGAUUUCGUCGAGUUUGACGUUCAGGUAACCAGAGAUGGGUGUCCGAUUGUUUUCCAUGACGACGUCAUUCUCUCCCAAGAAGAUGGGAUAGUUUGCGAGAGAAGGGUGACGGAUUUGAAUUUGUCGGAAUUUCUUGGAUAUGGACCACAAAGGGGAUCAGAAUCCGAUAACAUGGGAAAAUCAUUAUUGAGGAAAACAAAAGACGGAAGGAUUCUAAACUGGGAUGUUGAAUCCGACGAUUCUCUCUGUAUCCUUGAAGAAGUAUUCAGAACUGUAAAUCCCCGAUUAGGGUUCAACAUCGAAUUAAAAUUCGACGAUCAUCUCGUUUACAAACAAGAACAUCUCAUCCACGCCCUUCAAUGUACACUCAAGGUUGUAUUUGAACAAGCAAAAGAAAGACCCAUUAUUUUCUCAACAUUCCAACCAGACGCAGCCAUUCUCAUAAAGAAACUACAGAGCACAUACCCUGUUUACUUCCUAACAAAUGGAGGAACAGAGAUUUACUACGAUCAGAGAAGGAAUUCAUUGGAGGAGGCCGUAAAGCUUUGCCAAGAAGGUGGUUUGCAAGGAGUGGUGUCGGAAGUGAGAGGUGUUUUUAGAAAUCCUGAGCUUAUAGCGAAAAUGAAGGAGGCAAAACUGUCUCUUUUGACGUAUGGAAAGCUUAAUAAUGUGGUGGAAGCGGUUUAUUUGCAACAUUUGAUGGGGGUUGAAGGAGUGAUUGUGGAUUUGGUGGGAGAGAUAACGGAGGCGGUGUCGAAGAUGAUAAAGCUGCCGGAGAAGAAGAUGGGGGCCGGAGAUCAAGAACAAGUAGAGAGGGAAGGUGAAGAAUUGGAAAUGAAGGGAAAGCCUCAGUUUUCGCAGAGGGAAUUGGCAUUUUUACUUAAGCUUAUACCUGAGCUUAUUCAGCUUUGAUUUUAUUAUCUAGUUAGGCAUUUUCAUGUAUUAAUAUCAUUUUGUAAAUACAUAAAAUUGUGGAUUUACUAUUUUAAACCAUUUCCCUCUUUUUC